AUGUAUUGUGAUAAUCAGAGUUCCAUUCAGAUUGCUCACAACUCGGUUUUUCAUGAACGAACUAAGCACAUUGAGAUCGAUUGUCACCUUACUCGUCAUCAUCUCAAGCAUGGCACAAUUACUUUGCCAUUUGUUUCUUCUUCUUUGCAGCUUGCAGAUUUCUUUACCAAGGCGCAUUCUAUUUCUCGUUUUCGUUUUCUAGUUGGCAAACUCUCGAUGCUUGUAGCUGCUGCAUCACCACAUGGGUCACCUUCCUCUCCCUCUGGCGCACCUACCCCAAUCAUGGGUCAAACUCAAUUUCAACCACAGCUCGCUGAUUUUAUAGUUUUUGUGGUGAUGAUUGUGGUUGGUGAUCUGGCAGUUGUGUGGUGGCGGCAGUGGUGGUGGUUCGGCGACAGUGGUGUUGGUUGGGGUGAUGUUGUGGCUGUGGUGGUGGUUCCGACGAUUGGUGGUGUUUUGCAGGCGGGAAUGGUGGUGGUUGGGGGUGAUAGUAACUGA